AUGCGCUGGCAGGAGCCGACCAGGAGGUGCUACAUCACCCUGACGCAGUCCCUGCACCUCAGCAGGGGGGGGGCCCCUGCCGGCCCCGCCGGCACCGGGAAAACGGAGACCACCAAGGACCUGGGCCGUGCCGUGGGCAUGAUGGUUUAUGUCUUCAACUGCUCCGAGCAGAUGGACUACAAGUCCUGCGGCAAUAUCUACAAAGGGCUUGCUCAGACUGGCGCCUGGGGCUGCUUCGACGAAUUCAACCGCAUUUCGGUGGAGGUUUUGUCCGUGAUCGCUGUGCAGGACCAUUACGACUGGGGUUUGCGGGCCAUCAAGUCUGUGCUGGUGGUAGCAGGCUCCUUGAAGAGAGGGGACCCCGGCCGUGCUGAGGACCAAGUCCUGAUGAGAGCUUUACGAGACUUUAACAUCCCCAAGAUUGUGACAGAUGACUUGCCCGUGUUCAUGGGUCUGAUUGGAGACCUCUUCCCAGCUCUGGACGUCCCCAGGAAGCGGGACCUGAACUUUGAGAAGGUCAUUAAGCAGUCCAUGCUCGAGCUGAAGCUGCAGGCAGAGGAGAGCUUCGUGCUGAAGGUGGUGCAGCUGGAGGAGCUGCUGCAAGUCAGGCACUCGGUGUUUGUCAUCGGCAAUGCUGGCUGCGGCAAGUCCCAGGUGCUGAAAUCUCUCAACAAGACUUACCAGACCAUGAAGCGGAGGCCGGUUGCUGUGGAUCUGGACCCAAAAGCUGUAACCUGCGACGAGCUGUUUGGGAUUAUUCAUCCGUCGACCCGCGAGUGGAAGGACGGUCUGUUCUCGUCCAUGAUGCGUGACCUGGCCAAUAUCACCCAUAAGGGGCCCAAGUGGAUCAUCCUUGACGGAGAUAUCGACCCCAUGUGGAUCGAGUCCCUGAACACAGUCAUGGAUGACAAUAAGGUCCUCACCUUGGCCAGCAACGAGCGCAUCCCCCUCAACCCCACCAUGAGGCUGCUCUUCGAGAUCAGCCACCUGCGCACUGCCACGCCGGCGACCGUGUCCCGCGCAGGAAUCCUCUACAUCAACCCCGCUGACCUGGGCUGGAACCCCGUCGUUACCAGCUGGAUCGAGAAGAGGACGGUGCAGUCCGAGAAGGCCAAUUUAAUGAUCCUGUUUGAUAAGUACCUGCCUACGUGCCUCGACAAGCUGAAGUUCGGGUUCAAAAAAAUCACUCCAGUGCCCGAGAUCACAGUGAUCCAGACCACGCUGUACCUGCUGGAGUGCCUGCUGACGCCGCAGCACACGCCGCCGGACUCCCCCCGGGAGCUCUACGAGCUCUACUUCGUGUUCGCCUGCGCCUGGGCCUUCGGGGGGGCCAUGUUCCAGGACCAGCUCGUGGAUUACCGCGUGGAGUUCAGCAAGUGGUGGGUGAACGAGUUUAAAACCAUCAAGUUCCCUUCUCAGGGGACGAUCUUUGACUAUUACAUCGACCCAGAAACUAAGAAAUUCAUGCUCUGGACUGAAAAGGUGCCAAAAUUUGAACUUGAUCCAGAAGUCCCUUUACAGGCAUCCAUGGUGCACACGACCGAGACCGUCCGGAUCCGCUACUUCAUGGACCUGCUGAUGGAGAAGCAGUGGCCCGUGAUGCUGGUGGGGAACGCAGGGACAGGGAAAUCGGUCAUGAUGGGCGACAAGCUGGAAGCGCUCAGCACAGAUGACUACCUGGUGCAGUCUGUGCCCUUCAACUUCUAUACCACCUCGGCCAUGCUGCAGGCCAUUCUUGAGAAGCCCCUUGAGAAGAAGUCAGGGAGGAACUACGGCCCCCCUGGCACCCGGCGGCUCAUCUACUUCAUCGACGACAUGAACAUGCCGGAGGUGGACAAGUAUGGCACCGUGGCCCCACACACACUCAUCCGGCAGCACAUGGACCACGGGCACUGGUAUGACAGGAACAAGCUGACCCUGAAGGACAUUCACAACUGCCAGUAUGUGGCUUGCAUGAACCCCACUGCUGGGUCCUUCACCAUCGACUCGAGGCUGCAGCGACACUUCUGCGUCUUUGCGGUGAGCUUUCCUGGCCAAGAAGCGCUCCUGACCAUUUACAGCACUAUCCUGGCCCAGCACCUGGCUCAACGCAAGAUGCCGCUGGCCGUCCAGAAGCUGCAGGCCCAGCUGGUCGCGGCAGCCCUGGCCCUGCACCAGAAGGUCACGUCCACCUUCCUGCCGACCGCCAUCAAGUUCCACUACCUCUUCAACCUCCGCGACCUCUCCAACAUCUUCCAGGGGCUGCUGUUCUCCACCUCCGAGUGCCUCCGCAGUCCCCUGGACUUCGUGCGCCUCUGGCUCCACGAAGCUGAGCGGGUGUAUGGGGACAAGCUCAUUGACGAUAAGGACCAGGAAAGCUUCAGUCGAAUUGUAGCUGCCACCUGCAAAAAAUUCUUUGAUGACCUCAGGGAAGACCUGGUGUUUGCCAAGCCCAACAUCCACUGCCACUUUGCCCAGGGCAUCGGGGAGCCCAAGUACCUGCCGGUGCCGAACUGGCCAUCUCUGAACAAGCUGCUGGGGGAGGCCCUGGACAGCUACAAUGAGGUCAACGCGGUGAUGAAUCUGGUGCUGUUUGAAGACGCCAUGUCUCAUAUUUGCAGAAUUAGUCGGAUCUUGGAGUCUCCCCGAGGAAACGCGCUGCUGGUGGGAGUCGGAGGCAGUGGGAAGCAAAGUCUUUCACGGCUGGCAGCUUAUAUUAGCGCUCUGGACGUGUUUCAGAUUACGCUGAAGAAGGGAUACGGCAUUCCAGACCUUAAGCUGGACCUCGCCUCCCAGUACAUCAAGGCCGCCGUGAAGAACAUCCCCACCGUCUUCCUGAUGACCGACUCCCAGGUUGCCGAAGAACCAUUCCUGGUUCUCAUCAAUGACUUCCUAGCAUCCGGAGAGAUACCAGGGCUUUUUCAGGAUGAUGACCUGGAAAAUAUUAUGAAUUCCAUGAGGCCACAAGUGAAGUUCCUUGGAUUGCAAGACUCAAGGGAAAACUGCUGGAAACUAUUUAUAGAAAAAGUCAGGCGACAGUUAAAGGUGAUCCUCUGCUUCUCGCCCGUGGGCUCGACGCUGCGGGUGCGCGCGAGGAAGUUCCCGGCCGUGGUGAGCUGCACCGCCAUCGACUGGUUCCACGAGUGGCCGGAGGACGCGCUCAUCUCCGUCAGCAGCAGGUUCCUGGAGGAGACGGGGGGCAUCGAACCAGAGGUCAAGGUCUCCAUCAGCCAGUUCAUGUCUUUUGUCCACACGAGCGUUAAUGAGAUGUCCAAGACCUACCUGGCCAUGGAGAGACGCUAUAAUUACACCACACCAAAAACCUUUCUGGAGCAGAUAAAGCUUUACCAAAAUCUGCUGUCUAAAAAAAGGCAAGAACUCAUUGCAAAGAUCGACCGGCUGGAGAACGGCCUGAUGAAGCUGCAGAGCACGGCAUCCCAGGUUGACGACCUGAAGGCCAAACUGGCAAUCCAGGAGGCAGAGCUGAAGCAGAAGAACGAGGACGCAGAUAAACUGAUCCACGUGGUGGGCGUCGAAACGGAGAAAGUCAGCAAGGAGAAGGCCAUCGCUGAUGAGGAAGAGCUGAAGGUCCAGGCCAUCAACACGAUCGUGGCGGAGAAGCAGCGCGCCUGUGAGACUGACCUGGCAAAAGCGGAGCCAGCGCUCAUCGCCGCCCAGGAGGCCCUCAACACCCUCAACAAGAACAACCUGACGGAGCUGAAGUCCUUCGGGUCCCCCCCGCAAGCGGUGGUGAAUGUCACGGCAGCCGUGAUGAUCCUGACAGCGCCAGGGGGCAAGAUACCGAAAGAUAAAAGCUGGAAGGCAGCAAAAAUCAUGAUGGGAAAAGUAGACACCUUCCUGGAUGCCUUGAAAAAGUUCGACAAGGAGCACAUCCCCGAAGCAUGUCUCAAAGCGUUUAAGCCCUAUCAGUCAGACCCGAAUUUUGAUCCCGAGUCUAUACUGUCGAAGUCGACAGCCGCGGCAGGUCUCUGCUCCUGGUGUUUGAACAUCGUUCGCUUCUACGAGGUCUACUGCGACGUCGCGCCCAAGAGGCAGGCGCUGGAGGAGGCUAACGCGGAGCUGGCAGAGGCGCAAGACAAACUCAGUCGUAUUAAGAACAAAAUUGCAGAUCUGAACGCCAAUUUGGCAACUCUCACUGCAGAAUUUGAAAAAGCUACAGCUGAAAAAAUCAAAUGUCAGCAAGAGGCUGAUGCCACGAACAGAGUCAUCACGUUAGCAAACAGCCGGGCGCCUGGACCGGCAGCGGCAUCGGGUCCUCACGUCCGCUGGGCUGAGUCCGUGGAGACCUUCCAGGCACAGGAGAAAACGCUGUGCGGGGACGUGCUGCUGACCUCCGCCUUCGUGUCCUACGUCGGCUACUUCACCAAGAAGUACCGGGCUGAGCUGAUCGACAAGCACUGGAUCCCCUUCCUCGGGGAGCCGACCGCGACCUCCGGCUCCGCGGUCCUGCCACCGCUGUGCGGGCACUCGCUCCCUUGCGACGCCUGCCACCGAGCAGAGAAACAAAUCUCGAAUGUCCAGAAGCAGACCGUGGGUUGA